UCGGCUGACAUUUCUCUCGUAGUCGUUGGUUUGUGUCCGUCGAAGACGCGUCGUCGUAUGUAAUUCGUGUUCGUUGCGUGUGUUUUCAUUCGUCGCGGGUGUAAUGUGCGGAAAAUCAGAAUAACAAGUGCAAAGUGAAUUGAGCGCAUUCAGACCCGGUUGCCGAUAAUGGCCAGGUGGUGAGGAUUUCUGUGUUUUGUGGCGAAGUGUUUGGGUUCUGUGCGAAAAGAUGUGAUCUUGACAGUGACAAAUGUCACUUUGACAGAAUAUCCUGCGGUCAGCCGAGGCGGCAGUGAAAUAAACAGGAAACUGAAGGAAUUCCGGGAAGAAAUGGUUGGAUUGGGAUGCGAAAUCGAGUAGAUUUACCGAGUUUAUAAGUAGAACGAGGACGUUAAGAUUUAUGGGUUACUUAAAAUUACGUUGGAUACGUAGUUGUGCAGCUUUAUCUAGUUUCGACUCAAAUGCCAAACCCAUGGCAACAUAGAGACCAGACGUUCAAUAUGCUACUUACUAGUCCAUGCGACGACGUCGAUGCAAUCAAUUUACAUAUCAAUAUCGCGCAUUAAAUCGCGAAUAACGCUAACGGGAUGUACAAUUUCGUAGCCAUUUGCAAUAGUAAUGAGAUAAGCAACAACAACAACAAUCGAAAUAAAGAUACAAGCGCAACUGAUAGUAUUCCUUAUCCACCGAGUAUCGAUUCUCGACACAUCACAUUUGGAUGGCCAACGCCAAACACAUCGAGCCAACAAGAAGUGCAAGAACGUGAGGCAAUUAGCAAUGAAGCCACCAUCAACAUAUCGGGUCGAGAAACAGAUAAACAGCCCCUCACCUAUGCAUCACUGAUAUUAAUCUCUUCUGUCAUAGAGAAAUUAUUAUUCACAUUGGGAACAUCGAUAGGACGAUCCCUGUCGACGUCAAUAGUAAAUCCUCAUGGAAGGACGGCUAAUGACAGGACUCUGCACAUCUCGAAAACGUUGAAUAUCUCGAUUUUAUCGACAUCGGAAUUAUUGCUAUCAACGGUGAUCGCGGCUCAAAAUGGCUCAUGUCGACCACAAGAAAAUUCUUGGUGACUACUAUAAAAUUUGGAAACAUAUCAAGUGGCGAUCGUUCAUCGGUUAUAGACAAUUAUCUACGAGACAGAACUGAAGCAACUAAGUUUUAGAUACAAAUCAAAAAAAAAAGAUAAAAUUCUAUAUUCGGAAAGCAAUUCGCGCCCUGUUCAUAGUGACUCUCUUCUGUUGUGUUAAUUUAUUUCAAAGAAUAUUAUUUUGUACAUAUAUAUAUCGUUAAGUAAAACGUGCCCGUUUAUUUUAAUUUAAAAAAAAAGCUUACAAACUUUUUACCCUGUAACAUAGUAAAUAUUCUGUAGAUAUUAAUAACUAAGGCAGCUUUAUCCGUGAUUGUACGUUACUUAACUACAACGUUAGCUUCGAGUAUAAGCGCGCGACUACCCCCAAAUAACUUUAUGCGCACAAUACAAAAGUAAUCAUAAUCGCUACAAUAUCCAAAAUUCACUUGAGGCAGCAGCAUCUUAUUUUAGAAGAUAAAUUAUAUUUUUUGUAUUUCAUCUUGUGACUAGUAAAUGUGAUAACAUUCCCUUGAAAAAAAGUAUCGAGGAUUCCGCAACUACUUUCUAGACGUAUAAUAAUCGCGAAUGAUAAUUGUGUGCCAUAAAAUCGAUGUAAAAUAACAACGCGCUUGUGGAGAAACUCGUGUACAUAAUCUAAAGUUCGCAUAAGAUACAUUUAAUUAGAAAAAGAUACAAAAAAAGGAUAACAUGACUAUCACUGAGAAAACAGUUCUUUGGAAAGCCAAUGGGCGCUCGAAUUCAUCAACAUCAUCAAUUAACAGCAUGGACAGGACACCGACGUCGGCAUCGGGGCCGACACCGAUAACUCAGAUAUCAUCCCCAAUUGCGAAUGCAAGUCCAUCUACAACAACAGUUCUAUCAUAUCAGUAUAAUAACAAAUUUAGCCACGACAACCAGCAACCAUAUUCUGGCAGCAAUGGUCACAUAAGAACGCCAUCAGCAUCAUCCUCGACCGUUCUUAUUCCCACCACAGUGACAUCAUCGAAGUCAAAUAGUGGCCACAGCAGUGGUAACGGAUACUUCAAUCCUAGCACGGUUAGCUUGCUGAACGGGUCCAAUUAUCCAAACGGCAAUCUUAUUACUCGUUGUUGUUUUCAUCUCCUGAAAUCGAUUAACGUUCGACGUUGUAUUGGAGCCCUUUUUGCCUUCACCUUCAUCAUGAUCCUGUAUUAUUCGCAUUACUUCAACAGCGGUCCAUUUGUUGGACUCAUUCAUCGAGACACUCGACCGUCACCAUUGAUUCACUGCCGGAUGUUGAAUGGGAAACAUCAAAUUUUGCAAUCACAAACACCAGAUCAUCGGUCGGAAGCCAGACUUCGAAUCGAUCCAAAGGUCCUUGUAUUCGUGGAAACCACGUACUCUCGCUUAGGACGUGACAUCGCCGAACUAUUAGUUUACAAUCGGAUAAAAUACAAAAUUGAAGUCGCAGGCAAAAGCCUUCCUGUACUUACAAAUCUUGACAAAGGUCGAUAUGGUGUCAUCGUCUUCGAAAAUCUCGACAAAUAUCUAAACAUGGACAAAUGGAAUCGUGAAUUACUAGAUAAAUACUGUCGUGAAUAUUCAGUUGGAAUAAUCGGUUUCGUCAGUCCCAGUGAGGAAACAUUAGUGGCAGCUCAACUGAAAGGAUUUCCAAUAUUUAUUCAUACAAAUUUACGAUUGCGUGAUGCAAGCCUAAAUCCAGGAUCAUCAGUCUUACGGCUAACAAGAGCAGGAGAUACUGCUUGGGGACCACUACCUGGUGAUGAUUGGGCUAUAUUUCAGCACAACCACUCGACUUAUGAACCAUUGGAAUGGGCACAACGAAAUACUCAGGAUUAUCCGUCAGAUAGUGGACAGGUUCAACCACCAUUAGCCACAGUUCUACAAGAUCAUGGACACUUCGAUGGAAUUCAAAGGAUAUUUUUCGGUAGUGGAUUACGAUUUUGGUUGCAUCGCCUACUCCUUUUGGACGCGCUUUCGUACCUUAGCCAUGGGCAGCUUAGUCUUAGUUUAAAUCGUAUGAUACUUGUCGACAUUGACGAUAUAUUCGUGGGAGAGAAAGGGACACGAUUACGUCCUGAUGAUGUUCAAGCAUUGAUUGCAACCCAAAAGCGAAUUGUUGAUAUGGUACCUGGUUUUAGGUUUAAUCUUGGCUUCUCGGGAAAGUACUUCCAUCAUGGAACCCGCGAAGAAAACUUGGGUGAUGAUAUGUUGCUACAAAACGUAAAGGAGUUCAAUUGGUUCUCGCAUAUGUGGAACCAUCAGCAGCCGCAUUUGUAUGACAAUGUAACCGUUUUGAUGAAUGAAAUGAAGCUGAAUUACGGCUUUGCCAAAGACCAUGGAAUUCCAGUGGAUUCUGGAUAUUCUGUGGCGCCGCACCAUUCUGGGGUUUAUCCAGCUCACGAGUUACUCUACACUGCCUGGAAGAAGGUUUGGAAUAUUAAAGUGACUUCUACGGAGGAGUACCCGCAUUUGAGGCCAGCCCGAUUGAGGCGCGGAUUCAUUCAUCGUAACAUAAUGGUCCUUCCGCGUCAGACUUGCGGGCUCUUCACCCACACCAUGUACAUUGACAGAUAUCCUGGAGGUCGCGACAAGCUGGACGAGUCGAUACAAGGUGGCGAACUGUUCCAAACUAUUGUAAAUAAUCCCAUAAAUAUAUUCAUGACACACAUGUCCAACUAUGGAUCGGACCGGCUGGCUUUGUAUACCUUCGAAUCAGUGAUAAAGUUCCUAAGAUGUUGGACAAAUCUGAAACUCAGCUCAGCGCCACCUCUUCAGCUGGGCGAGACCUACUUUCGACUAUAUCCCGAAGAAGUGGAUCCCGUUUGGGGAAAUCCAUGUGAUGAUCCGCGACAUAUUAAAAUUUGGUCGAAAAACAAAAGUUGUGAAUCGUUGCCAAAAUUUCUAGUCAUCGGACCACAAAAAACAGGUACAACCGCUCUCUACACGUUCCUGAGCAUGCAUCCAAGUAUCGCAAGCAACUUACCCAGUCCCGAUACCUUCGAGGAAAUUCAAUUUUUCAACGGAAACAAUUAUUAUCGUGGUCUCGAUUGGUACAUGUCCUUUUUUCCGAUUCAUGCCAAUUCUACGGGGAAGUAUAUGUUCGAGAAAUCCGCCACAUACUUUGAUGGAGAGCUAGUUCCAAAGAGAGCCCAUGCAUUGCUUCCACAUGCUAAAGUUGUCACGAUACUCAUAUCGCCGGCGAAACGAGCGUAUUCGUGGUAUCAGCAUACUAAAGCUCAUGGGGAUCCGAUAGCGAAUAAUUACAGUUUUUAUCAGGUGAUAACGGCCGGUGAUUCAGCACCAAAAGCACUUAAAGAUCUACGAAAUCGUUGCCUUAAUCCCGGCAAAUAUGCCCAGCAUUUGGAACGUUGGCUAACCUUUUAUCCUGCCCAACAAGUUAACAUAAUAGAUGGCGAACAAUUGAAAUCGAAUCCCAUUGAUGUCAUGAAUGAACUUCAACGUUUUCUCAAAAUCCAACCGGGUUUCGAUUACUCGACGCAUCUUCGUUUCGACAAUAAAAAAGGAUUCUUUUGUCAAGUGAUUGGUGAGAAUCGAAACAAAUGUCUCGGCAAAUCGAAAGGACGUCAGUAUCCGCCUAUGGACGAAAGGAGCGCAAAGCUACUUCAAAGAUAUUACCUCAGCCACAAUACGGCCUUAGUGAAACUACUAAAGAAGUUGGGCUCUCGUCCAAUUCCACAAUGGCUCAAAGACGAUCUGUCGACAACAUCAUGAGGUCAGGUCAAACGGAAUCGCCAUAGGAAAAAGAAAAGACUCAGUAACAUUGUGGCAGUAUCAAAACGACAACUUAAACAAUUCCACCAUCAUAUUCGCCCGAAUCCAAAGCAGCAGCAUCAUCAUCAACAUCAUCACGGCCAUAAGAAGCAGCACAAGCAUCACCAUCAUCAUUAGCCAUAAGAUAACAAAGCAGACCGAAGGACCAGCUGUCGAGCGAUCGUCCCAGACACUAACUUCGGUACUGAAUGAUCCUACUUCAAAAAUAUCCUUUUGUAUAGUCAAUGUAAAUCUGAUUACUCUUAAGUGUGUCAUAAUUGAAACUAAGUGUUAAGCAUUAGGAGCAGCAUUAAGUACUCGUGUAGACGUUCUAGUUUCUAAGAUGUAGCCGAGAUUUAGCUCAAGAUAAUAUGCAAAAACAGUAAAUGAAAAAUAAGUAGGAAUAUUGUAUUUGAAAGAUACAGUAAAUCGACGACAAUGACGAUAACUAUGACGAAAAUGAUAGUAAAUUAAUGCUAGAAUGUGGAACUUAGUUGUAAGAACAUACGCAAACGCUUCAAAAACAGUUGAACUUACCGCCGGGGGUAUUUUAUCUACUUUCGGGUAGGUUCGUUUUUAAUAGUUUCGAGUUUAUGUUAAGUCAACUUGAUUUUAAUAUUUUUAUCAAUCUUUUAAUCCGAGAGAUUGUACUGAGCCAUCUUGUUAUGCCUUAUCAAGUGCUUAAAGUGCAAUGCAAUUAAAAAGUGUCAUUUUAUUUCAAACGAAACAACUAGUUCUAAUAUGUUUAUAACGAGUGUCAAUAUAUACGAUCGGAACUGAAAUUGAUGGGGCUGGAAUUCAUCGCUUGCUAUAUGGUAGGGUUUUCCCUCCACGUUACAACAGAAUCCAUUUUGAAGCAGGAAAUUUCAAUGGACUCCUUUUGAUCGACUAUUGUUGGAAGGCAGUCUUGAGCUUGUUGAUUUAUAAUUGAAGGAAUAAGAAAGGAGACAACCAAGACCUUUAGGGUUUAAGGAAUUGAUUUCAUCUAAAGUAUGUAAAAUUUCAAAUGAUGUUCUCAUAAAAGGAAAUUCGUUGGAGGUGAACAAGAAAUUAGCUGAAUAGAUGAAUAAUGCUGAAAGGAGCUCUCUCCACCAGUGGAGAUUGAGUCCACUGGGCUUUCGUUUUGCUUUAAUAUUCUUGACUAGUAGAAGCAGCUUCACCUGGGAACAUUUAAAUUAUAAAUGAAAAUUACUAUCUAUGAAUGAAAUGCGUCAAUAUUGGGUAGUUUCGCUAUCCAUUCGAUCAUAUUUGCC